GGCGGCGGCAGCGGCGGGCGGAGCAGGAGGAGCGGCGGCGGCGGGGCCCCCCAGUGGCGGCGGCGUGGGAGCGGGUGGACAGCCGCAGCCCUCUCCUGCCCCGGCGGCUCCGGCUCCAGGAGCAGCAGGGGCAGUAACCGGGGCGCCCCCUCCGCCCUCUCCGUCGUCUCCUGCGCCUGCCCCGCCGACACCAGCCGUAGUGCCGGCGCCGGCGGCGCCUCCUCCUCCUCCUCCUCCUCCUCACCCCGCCAGCCUCCGGGCUCUCCAGGCACAUCCGCCCCAGCAAAUCCCUCGGGGACCUCUGCAGCAGCCCCUGGAGGAUCGGAUCUUCACUCCGGCGGUCUCAGCUGUGUACAGCACUUUCAUCUCCUCACAGGUCACACAAGUUGCAAGACAGCCUGGCCCUCCUGCCCCCUCCCCUUACGCUGCACAUGAAAUAAGCAAGGGGCACCCAGCCCUUGCUGCAACGCCGCCAGGACAUGCAUCCUCCCCUGGCCUCACCCAGCAGCCAGGAGGGAGGAGGGACAGAAGCUUUCCACCCCACCCAAGAGCCAGCAGUCUUUUUGAAGAUCCAAGGGAACUGGUGCAAAGGAUUCUGGGAUGUGGGAUGGCCCCUUACCCCUCUGGACAGAAUGCAGCACCAACCACACUGGUCUAUCCGCAGGCCCCUCAGACGAUGAGCACACAGCCGCAGACACGCUCGCCGCCCAGCAGAGCAGUGCCAAUACAUUGCACAGACAACUGGAAGCGGAGGAAGGUUUUGGAACAGAGCCCGGUUUACAGGUCCUUGGCGGAAAGAGGCUGGAUAAAAUACUGCAUUUUUGCAGCGGGGCCUCGACCUGCCCAUCAUCAUCAGUUUUUCCAGAGGCCUCAAAUACAGCCUCCUAGAGCAGCGAUCCAGAACAGCAGCCCUCCCCUCCGUCCUGGUGCACAAACGCCAACAGCAGUCUAUCAGACCAAUCAACACAUCAUGAUGGUGAACCACCUUCCUAUGCCGUAUCCAAUGCCUCAGGGCCCCCAAUACUGUAUACCACAGUAUCGUCACAGCGGCCCUCCGUAUGUUGGGCCUCCACAACAAUAUCCUGUUCAGCCACCGGGGCCUGGACCAUUUUACCCAGGACCGGGGCCUGGAGAGUUCCCCAAUGCCUACGGAGCCCCUUUCUAUCCAAGCCAGCCGGUGUAUCAGUCAGCACCCAUCAUAGUGCCUACGCAGCAACAGCAGCCGCUCCCACCAGCCAAGCGUGAGAAGAAAACGAUUCGCAUCCGGGACCCCAACCAAGGGGGCAAAGACAUAACAGAAGAAAUUAUGUCUGGCGGAGGAAGCAGAAACCCCACGCCUCCCACAGUCAGGCCCUCGUCUACACCCACACCUCCCCAGCAGCUGUCCAGCCAGGUCCCGGAGCACAGCCCUGUGGUGUACGGGACUGUGGAGAGCGCUCACCUUGCUGCCAGCACCCCCAUCACUGUGACUAGCGACCCGAAACAAGAAGAGAAGCCUAAAGCAGAUCCAGUAUUAAAAUCUCCUUCCCCUGCCCUCAGACCAGAGCCUAGUGGAGAGAGAAAAGAUCAAACGGGCCUGACAGCGGAGACCCCUGCCUCCUCGGAGACCUCCUCAGAGCCUCCUCUCAUGGCUUUGCCCUCCCCUGUUGCAGUCGUUGCUGCUGCUGCCACCGCAUCUGCUGCUGCCACCCCUCUUCUUCUUCCUAAGCCAAUGUUUGUGGCAGACUCAGAGGAUGGAUGCGAACUCGCUUCACUGAAGCAAGAGGCUCCCCCUCUUCCUAGCGCUGCGCCCUGCGUGGAAGUACCCGCCUGCCUCCCGACCGAAGAAGCCACCGCUGAUGUAGGCAGGGAGCCCCCUAGAAUAGUCCCUAACGAUCUCCAAGUGACUGCUAGUACUACUUUAAUUAAUGAACUGAAUGGAGUUAGUGAAAGGGUAAAUGCGACUGACAGCGUCGUAGAACUAGAUGAACCGGAGGUGGUUGUGCCCUUGGCUGUGGAGCUGGAGAGCCCGGAAGCACCACUGGCCGAAGGGGAAAGUGUGCCAUCUUCUGCUUCCGUUGUUACUCUUCCCACCAUCCCGUCUCCUCCCCCGUCUCCGCCCCCAAUGCCUCCCAGCCCUCCCCUUUUUGCUGCUGCUGCUGCUGCCAGCACUACCACUCCUCCUCUUCCGCUACCUGGUGCCCUCCCUGCUCUUCAGGGGGAUGUAGAAGGAGAGGAGACCGCAAGAACUACCCUUAGCGAAGACAUGGAAGAAACGCCGGAGGAAGAAGAGGUGGAGGUGGACAGUCGGCCAGAGGAAGACGCCCUGGAGUCUCAGGGCUUGAAUCCCAAGAAGGGCCCUGCAGCAGCCCAGACAGCUGUAACUGCACCAAAGACGUGGAAGAAACCAAAAGAGCAGAGCCAGGCCACCGAGGAGGGGGUGGAGGCUGAGCCCGAGCCUAAAGCAGAAACGGAACCUGGAGGUGACCAAAUACUUGAAUCGGAACAAGAGGCAAUGAGUCAGAAGCCUUGUCCCAGGAGGGACUGCCCCGCUGACCCUAAAAUAGCAAAAGCUGUGGAAGAAAACGGCGAGCAGGAAGGGGAGCCCAUUCGUAAUGGCGCCGAGAGUGUUUCUGAGGGAGAAGGAGGCAAUGGGAAUUCAGGCUGCGCAGAGAGUCCCAGCGAAGCCCCAGCCUGCCAGCAUAAAGCAGAACAGUGGAAGCCCCUGGACUCUGAAGGGAAGAAGCAGUACGACCGGGACUUCUUGCUCGACUUCCAGUUCAUGCCUGCUUGCGUCCAGAAGCCAGAGGGGCUGCCGCCCAUCAGCGAUGUGGUCCUUGACAAGAUCAAUCAGCCAAAACUGCCUCUUCGAACUUUGGACCCUCGGGUAUUGGCACGGGGUCCAGAUUUCACACCGGCGUUUGCAGACUUUGGAAGACAGAUCCCUGGUGGGCGGGGAGCGCCUGGGAGUGCCUGCAAAGUGCAGCCCCCUCCUGGGCUCCAGCCUCUUGCUCGGUGUGGCCCCCCAGCAUGCCCUUUAUUGGUCUCGUCUCACCCACAGCUGAGGAACCUGGCAAUAGGGCUGUUGAACGUUGGACCACGGAGAUCGCAGCCAGGCCAGAGGCGAGAGCCCAGGAAGAUCAUCACGGUUUGCGUCAAAGAGGACGUCCACCUGAAAAAAGCUGAGAAUGCCUGGAGGCCAAGCCUAAAGCGUGAGACGCAAGCAGAGGACCCCGAGAACAUCAAGACCCAGGAGCUGUUCCGCAAGGUUCGAAGCAUCUUAAACAAGUUGACGCCACAGAUGUUCAAUCAGCUAAUGAAGCAAGUGACCGAUCUAACUGUGGACACGGAAGAGAGGUUGAAAGGUGUCAUUGAUCUGGUGUUUGAGAAAGCCAUUGAUGAACCCAGCUUCUCUGUGGCCUAUGCAAACAUGUGCAGAUGUCUUGUCACGCUGAAAGUGCCCAUGGCAGAUAAGCCCGGAAGCACUGUCAACUUCCGGAAGCUGCUCCUGAACCGUUGCCAGAAGGAAUUUGAGAAGGACAAAGCUGACGAUGACGUCUUUGAGAAGAAACAGAAAGAACUGGAAGCCGCCACCACGCCGGAGGAGAGGACCCGGCUUCACGAUGAGCUGGAGGAGGCCAAGGACAAGGCCCGGCGGCGGUCAAUCGGGAACAUCAAGUUCAUUGGGGAGCUCUUCAAGCUGAAGAUGUUGACGGAGGCCAUCAUGCACGACUGCGUGGUGAAGCUCUUGAAGAACCAUGACGAGGAGUCCUUGGAGUGCCUGUGCCGCCUGCUGACCACCAUCGGAAAAGACUUGGACUUUGAGAAAGCCAAGCCUCGCAUGGACCAGUAUUUCAAUCAAAUGGAGAAGAUAGUAAAAGAGAGAAAAACCUCUUCUAGAAUCCGGUUCAUGCUUCAAGAUGUCAUAGAUCUUAGGCAGUGUAAUUGGGUCUCACGGAGGGCAGACCAAGGCCCCAAGACGAUAGAGCAGAUUCAUAAAGAAGCAAAAAUCGAGGAGCAGGAGGAGCAGCGGAAAGUCCAGCAACUGAUGACCAAAGAGAAGAGACGGCCCGGUGUCCAGAGGGUGGAGGAGGGCGGCUGGAACACGGUGCAGGGGGCAAAAAAUAGUCGUGUGCUGGACCCCACCAAGUUCCUUAAAAUCACCAAGUCCACCAUAGAUGAGAAGAUCCAGCUUGUGCCUAAAGCCCAGUUGGGCAGCUGGGGGAAAGGCAGCAGUGGUGGAGCCAAGGCCAGCGAGAUUGAUUCCUUACGACCAAGUGCCACUAGUUUGAACCGAUUCUCUGCACUGCAGCCUCCCGUAUCGUCCGUGUCUGCCUCAGCCACAUCCACAGAGUUGGACUCUCGCAGGGCCUUAACUAGUCGGGGCAGCACAGGCCGGGAGAAGAACGACAAGCUGCUCCCCUCUUCGGCUUCCCGUCCAAACAUCUUCUUGCGGGUCAGCAGCAGCAAAGAGCAGCUCUUGGACAACCAAGCACAGGAGGAUCAGCGGAGGGAGAUGCUGGAGGCCGUCAAGCAGUUAACAGGGGGCCUGGAAGCUGACCGAACCAGCACUGAGGCAGAGAGGAACAAAGCCAAGGAAACAGCCAAGUCUGAAAUUUCCACAUCCCCUGCCCAAGAAAAGCCUGCGUUGUCAGAAGAAGAAAUAGAGAGAAAGUGCAAAUCUAUCAUUGAUGAAUUUUUGCACAUUAACGAUUAUAAGGAAGCGAUGCAGUGCGUGGAGGAGUUGAGCGUUCCGGGGAUGCUGCCUGUGUUUGUGCAAGUGGGAGUGGAAUCCACCCUUGAGAGGAGUCAGAUCACCAGAGACCACAUGGGCCAGUUGCUAUAUCAGCUGGUGCAGUCGGAGACACUAAGCAAGCAGGACUUCUUCAAGGGAUUUGCAGAUACCUUGGAGAUGGCAGACGAUAUGGCUAUUGAUAUCCCUCACAUCUGGUUAUACCUGGCUGAAUUGGUGACACCCAUAUUGAAAGAAGGAGGAAUCUCUAUGAGAGAACUUCUUACAGAAUUUAGCAAACCCUUACUUCCUGGGGGAAGAGCUGGCGUCUUGCUUUCCGAAAUCUUGCACCUUCUAUGCAAACAAAUGAGCCAUAAGAAAGUGGCAGCCUUAUGGAGGGAGGCUGGCCUCAGUUGGAAAGACUUCUUACCUGAAGAGGAGGAUGUCCACACCUUUCUCAUGGAACAGAAGUUGGACUUCACAGAGACGGAUAGCUCCAGUUCCUCAGAAGCACUUUCAAAGAAAGAACACUCUGCUGAAGAUUUGAACAAACAGUUGGAAAAACUCAUUAUUGAGGACAAGGCGAACGACGAGCAGAUUUUUGAUUGGGUAGAGGCAAAUCUAGACGAAAGCCAGAUGAGUUCACCUACAUUCCUUAGAGCUUUAAUGACAGCAGUUUGUAAAGCCGCUAUUAUAGCGGACAGUUCUAGCUUGCGAGUGGACACUGCUGUUAUCAAGCAGAGAGUGCCGAUCUUAGUUAAGUACCUAGACUCGGACACAGAGAAGGAACUACAAGCACUUUACGCACUACAAGCAUCAAUAGUAAAACUUGAUCAGCCUCCUAAUUUGUUACGGAUGUUUUUUGAUUGCCUGUACGAUGAGGAGGUGAUAUCAGAGGAUGCCUUCUACAAGUGGGAAGGCAGCAAAGACCCAGCAGAACAGAACGGGAAAGGCGUAGCAUUAAAAUCAGUCACGGCAUUCUUUACGUGGCUACGAGAAGCCGAAGAAGAGUCAGAGGAUAAUUAAAACUGAUUACAAAAAAAAGCCCUAAAAAAAACCUUAAAAAAAUAACUAUUUUUUUUAAAAAAAGUUUCACGUCUUCGCCAAUCACAGUGCAGCAAGGCCAAUUCUCGCGCAGAAACCCCCCCUUACCCCACAUGUGCACGAGUGGGAGAGGAAAAAAUAAAUAUAAACGCAAAGGCGAUCAUGGAGGACAAAAAGUACUUGGAAAAUUCAAGUCCACUUCAAACCUGAGGGCAGGAGCACUAAACCAAAAUACAGCUAUUUAUAGAAAAUAUUUUGUUUUAAUGUUUUUCCUUUUUAAACAAGGACUCCUACUUUAGAAAGAAACAAAUCUGUUUUGACAAAAAAGUGAGAACUUAAUUUAUUAUUUUAAGAACUGCAAAUGGCAGUGUAAUUUUUAAAUUUGCAGUUUCUGUAACAAAUUGUAUAAUAGACAAAAAAAGCAGAGAAAUAAAUUUCCCUACCUUUCAGAUCACCUCAGUUUUGUUUCAAAGUACGAUAGCUGUGUAUUAAAUUUUAAAAGGAGUUGGGAAUGACCUAGAUGAGGGAGAUGAACUUUUAGGAGAAGUCCACCAGAUUUUUCUGCCUGCCUCUCAGCUUGCUUCCAAAAUUCAAACACCACCACAAAGCAACAAAGUGUAACCGAAGGAACCGCGUUUGAGAAAAUGGCUGUGGACCAGACUGCUUGGGAAAUGACUCGUUCAAAGCAAACAGUGCUAUCCUGGAAGAAAAAGAAAAAGUACUAGUGAUACUUUCAGAACCUUUAGAGCAACUUUAAGGCUUGUAAAUACAUAGAACAAAUAUUUAAAAAAAGAAAUUGACUCGAUACUAUUUCUUUUCACUUUCAAAAUAUAAAGAACAAAAUAAAGACAAACCUUGCAAGUUUAAAAA